GUAGAAUCCUUUCUACCUGGAUGAUAGUCCUUUGCGCUGUGUACUUGCGCCGACAAAUCUCGAUUGGGUACCUAUACCCUGUCCUUCUCUCCCCGGUUUCACCUUAUGUUAGGUACCUACCUCUGCCUCACUUUCUGCUGCGUCCCUUAGGUACCAAAUACUUUUCGAGUACCCGACAUUUGCGCCCCGUGGGAUGUAUGUUCAAAAGUACAUUCUUACUACCCCCGUACCUAUCGGCUAAACAGAAUACAAUUGGGGUAUGCAGACUGCCAACUUUCCUGACUGCCUGUCAGCUGCACGAUGUAGAGCAUAACCUGGUAGGUAAGUAGGUAGUAAGUAGUUGCUUGCUUUUUUCUCUGCUUUGUGCAGUGCAUACUUAGUUACCUUUUUUUAAAGAUAGCGGGUUUCUUCGGCCGAGUCUGUCUCGCCUUGGAGACAUUGGGAUACUCGAACUACUAUGUAGGUACUUGUCUACCGACGGAGUACUUACUUCGUGAUGCACUCUACCUGCAGCUGUCACCGAUACUAGUACCUACUUACAUAUUGGCAUAGG